AUGACUAAGCUAGUCGAGCAUCUGAAGAAUACUCACGGCAUUGAGAACGCUUUCAACUGCGACGAGUGCGGGAAAUCCUUCAAAAGUCCCAUGAAUAUCGCGCGGCACAAAUUGAUCCACUCGGGGCUUAAAAAAUUCUCUUGCGACGUCUGCGAGUACUCGUGCCACCAGAAGGCCAAUUUAGAAACGCACAAACGGAGACACGCGCAAGAUUAUGCGUUCAAGUGCGGCGUUUGCAAAAAAGGUUUUGUCUCUAAAGCGGAUUUUCUUGAGCACGAAAUUUUGCACACGAACGUAAAGUUUCGAUGCGAGAUCUGCAAUAAAAAUUAUUCUUACAAACGAAAUCUGGAUGCGCACUUGAGGCUCUGUCACUACGAGCUGAGGAAAAUGAAUAAGACGAGUCAGUAUAAUUGUACCGAGUGCAAAGUGGCCUUCGCGACCCUCAGAACGCUGAAGAAUCACCAGCGAAAUCGUCACCGCGUUAAGAAGCGGCAAGAAUAUCUCUGCGACCUCUGCGGCGCAAAAGUAUCCUCGAAAAAAGCUCUCGAUAUUCACACGCGGACGCACACCGGUGAGAGAAACGUCAGUUGCGAUUUAUGCCCGAAAAAAUUCACCACCAAAGAGAACCUUAAAAUUCACAGACGAACUCACACGGGAGAGAAACCGUAUGUGUGCAACGAAUGCGGUAAAGAAUUUGCUCAGAGGUCUCCGCUGGUAAUUCAUUUGCGUUAUCACAACGGCGAGACUCCCUACUGGUGUCCAGAAUGUGGCAGAGGUUUUGUCACCAAUAAUUUUCUACAGAAACAUCGAAAAAAUCACGAUAUCUCGAAAAUUGUCGUCCCGCGCUUCAAAUACGAGCAACCGCUUCAUUCUUAA